GCCUCAAGUACCUGCACUCAGCGAGGAUAAUUCACAGAGACAUCAAGCCUGGGAACCUGCUCGUCAACUCUAACUGUGUUUUAAAGAUCUGUGAUUUUGGCCUUGCUCGAGUAGAGGAGCCUGACGAGACCAAACACAUGACACAAGAGGUGGUUACGCAGUACUACAGAGCCCCCGAGUUACUUAUGGGUGCCCGCCACUACACUCAAGCUGUCGAUGUCUGGUCAGUAGGCUGCAUCUUUGGAGAGCUCUUGGGUCGACGUAUACUCUUCCAAGCACAGAGUCCCGUUCAGCAGCUUGAGCGAAUAACAGACCUCUUAGGGACACCAAAUGUAGAAGAUAUGAAAUAUGCUUGUGAAGGCGCAGUAUCACACAUGCUCCGGCGACCGUCCAAGCCGCCAGCGUUGCCUGCACUUUACACCUUGUCUAACCACGCUACCCACGAGGCCGUCCACUUACUCACUCAGAUGCUUGCCUUUGAUCCAGAUAAGCGGUUGACAGUGACCGAGGCUCUUGGACACCCAUAUCUGGAUGAAGGUCGGCUUCGGUACCACUCUUGUAUGUGUACGUGCUGUGCCCCCACUUCUUGUGGUGGUCGGCAGUAUACCCACGAUUUUGAACCAACAGCGCCACAUGCAUUUGAUGACACAUGGGAAAAUGAGUUACGGUCAAUGUCACAGGUGAAAGAUCGUCUUCAUAAGUUCAUCAUGAGUCAUUUGGCACGAGAUCGUGUUCCUCUGUGUAUCAACCCAAUGUCUGCAGCAUACAAGAGCUUUGCCAGCUCAACAGUUGCACAUCCUUCGGCUCCCGCCAUCCCCACACCAAUGGGAUUGACAGGACGCCAAACAUUAGCUUCUAAAGAUUUAGCAUUCAUCUUCCCCAUUUUGAAAAUUGGGACUCAUUUAUUCAUCAAUUGUGUGUAAAAGCAUCCGUGUAACACUGAAAAGGAGUAAAUGUAGCUAUAAUAUAGACUAUAUAAAUCAUAAUAUAAAUAGAAAAACACAGAUAAUGUAACAAUUGAGAUAAGCAGUAAAUUUACCUUGCAAGUGAUUGUGUCUUCAAUAGUGGAUGGGAACACACAAAUAACAAUAGUAGAAUUAUAAGUAGAGGUGAAGAAAAUAUUGAAUGCAGAAUAUUAAUGAAAACAAUGUGCUGUACCCAAAAUACUGGUGAUUACUUGAUACAAAAACACAUGCAAAUAUUAUUUCAAAAGGACCGCUUUAGGCCAGAAAAACUGAUGAUCUUUUUUUUAAAUGGGAAUCGACAAUUAAUUUCUUCAAGUGUUAAAGAUGAUGAAAAUAGAUGCUCUUGAGGCUCCCUGCCAGUUCCUUAGUCAGACAAAUCACUGCCAUUUACACUAAGGGUAAUAUGGCCAAACAUCAAGAGGUUCAAAAUGGCUGUUUACCUAUAAAAACUGACCUUCAGGUAUAAGGAUCUGAGUAUCCAUUUUCCACCGAUGACUUUUGAGUACAGUAACUGAAGACUUUCCAUGAAGGGGUCUGUAAUAAACAACACUUACCCAGUCAUUGUGAAAACCUUGCUCAAUACAACAUGAUCUCUUCAAUCCCAGCUCUUCACUGCAAGGUGACAGACACGUGAGUGGGUAGCUCAAGCCUAGGGCUCGGCGACUGUAAUGAACGAUCCUGCCUCAUGUUAUGAAUUUCUUGUCAGCCCCAUAUGCCAGUCAUUAUGUCAUUGACAUGUUGAAUGAAAUGAUUUUUGGUAAAACAAAUUAUUUUCAUUUGAGAAUAUUUAAAUUUUGUAUAAAACAUUAAUUCAUAGAUAUAGUUUUCAUGACGACUUCUGAUGGGGUUGAAGAGUGGUAACAUUGGUGCAUAUUGUCAGUGUGUUUAGAUCUUGCUAGAUACAGUGUUACAUGUAGCCAGUAUGUGAAGGACUUGACACAUUGGUACAUGUCAGUGUAUCUUGAUCUUGAGAUGUUGGUGCAUGUUGUCAUUAUAUCCAGGUCUUGUCACAUUGAUUCAUGUUGUCACAAUGUCCAAAACUUUACAUAUUGUCACAAGUUGUCAUUGUAUCCAUUUCUUGACACUUUGGUGCAUAUUGCUAGUUUGUCCAGAUCUUGAAGCAUUUAGACAGUCUCCAAAAGCACCUGGGAGGGGAUUCUGAGAUGACAAUUAAUAAUCUGGAGAAGAAUUGAAGCACUUUUCAUACAUUCAUUUUACUGUAUACUGAAAUGGUUAAUGUGCUGUGAUAUUCGCCAACAUAGGUUCAAAAAUAAUAAUAUAUUCAGGUGUUUUCUCAUGUCAUUAAGUCUCUGUUUGCUUCAUAAUUAUCUUUACUCCAGCACCUUAAUUAGCAUUUCAGAAUUCCUAUGUUUACCCUCAACCCUUGUUACUCUCAGGAAUUGCAGCAUACACAAGUGCUUAUGUUUUUCCUCAUUUCAUUAUCAGCAUGUGCAUUUUUUCAUUAAGUGGAACUAAUGGUUAUGGUUCCUAUUAUUCAGCUAGUUGUAGCAAAUGGCAAGUCAAAGUUAAGAUCACAAAAAUGGGGGUUUUUAUUUAUUUUUUCAAAACUUACUUACUGACCUUUCUGGUUUAUUAAGAAAGUUGGUGUGCAAACCUGUGCAUGAGACUGUGUGUGUGCAAUGGGAUGCCAGUUUGCAAUAAUAAUUGUAAAUUUUUCUUAUGAUAAGAUUGUUUACUGUGAAAGAAGAUUGAAUGAUAAUGGUAAUUAUGGCAGCAACAGACCAGGAUUCUGAAAGUCUGUUAUAUCUCUGCUUACGAUACGAAGAGGAUUCUCUUUCUCAAAGCAGACUGCUCAGCCAGUGUUUACAGAAAUGCUGGAAAUGCUGUGCACGGAUAAUCAAUGAUGAAGAUGCUCACAUUUCCCAGAAGGAAGAUGAGCAUCUUUCUUUCAGUGAUGUCAAACCUAACAACAACAAGAAAAAUGAACUUUUAAAUUUAAUGGAAAGACCAAAAUUUGGGUUGGUGUUAAGAGCAGUUGAAAAGAGCAAGAGACAUGAAAUGCUGUGCUGGUUAUCAGUUCUGUAUUGACUCUUGAGUGCUGACAUUGUGUAAUGCAGUGCAUAGGUGCUUCUGUGGUUUACAGUAAGCAGACUUUUUUUUUUAAUUUAAAUUAUUAAUAGAUAAAUAUCAAGAAAACAAAAGGAUGAAAAGUUUUUGAGGAAGUCUUACCCUAAGAUUACUUAGGCAAGUGACUUGGACAUUGAAUUUAUCUUUGAUAUACACGGACUACCUCAGAUGAUUUUUCAUAGUCUCUGCUAGUACUAUCAUUGCUGCUGUUUGUGUCUGUAAUUGUAGCACACGUGACCUACAAGCUCAAGAGUGUUAUCCAUUUUAAAAAAGAAUAGGUGAUGUUCUUGUCCCUUGUCAUUGUGUUGUCACUAUGAUUAUUAUUAUGAUGGAGCUCUUCAGAAUGGCCAGGGCUGAGAUUAUCUCCAUCCUGAGAACAAUCAGGACUGCCCUUGGCUUAUCUUGCCUACAACAAUGUAGGAAGAAAGGCCAAGUUUCUGCUCAAAGAACUUUAGGGAACUCCUCAAAUGUUUUAACUUGUAUUGCUAGAAGUGUUUAAUCAUGUAUGUUUUUCUUAUUUCUUUGUAUAUGUAGAAGUUGGGUGAAGCAGUCUACAAUUGUUUUUUUUAAUUACCAUAUCUCUAUAGUAGAUCAUCCACACAUCAUUUUUGGCUGAUUGUGUUAUCACUUUUUAUUUAUUUUUUUGGGUAACUGUGUGUAUUUUAAGGAAGAUAUUCAAUAGUUAAUGACUGGAUUUGUCACAGAGGAUAUGUGCUCCUGGACAUGAUCUUCACUGAAGUGUUUGUGAUAUGGUACUAGCCUAUACCUAGACUGGGUAGGAUGUGUCAGUAUUAAAAGAUAUGUGGCAGUGUCCUAAUUCAUUUUGGAUGAGCUUAGUAUCAUUGUAACCUUCAUUACCACUACUUGUGGAUGCCAUCACUACUCUUACUGAGAGAAAUGGUGGCCCAGGUCUUCAGAAGACUGUGAAACUAUCUUCAAGUACAGGCUUGUUAUCCCUACUCAAGAUGUAUUUCUAAAAAUUAAAACAGAAGAUCUUCCAUGAGGCUUUCACAGAAGUUUUGUACUUGCUGAUAGUGUCGCAUUUUAGUCUGAAGUUUUAGAAAGAUCUCCCUAUUCUCCCCUGCCCUGAACAGUCCAAGUAAGGUGAUGGUCAGGCCCGGGGACUAACAGUUAAGUGUAGAUAUUACCUGUACAGCAUUUUAAUAAGGUAUUGAGUACAGUGUUGAAUAUAACACUUUUUAAAAGAAUUUGGAUGGCAAGGCGCAACUUUAAUUUUGUAGCAAGUUGUGAAUGUAAAAUUUCUGUGCCUACUAUUCAAGCUAAUUAUGUAUCAUAAUUUGUAAUUUACUAGACCUAGCAAUGGCUUUUCCAUAAGGUUAUUUAUAAAAUGAUGUUCUGUGGGUGCAAUUGCAGAAAAAAAUAAUGAUGUGAUGUUUUAUCUUUUCAUAAAAUACUGUAUAGUUAAGUUUGUGAUUUCAGUUCAUUAAAGUUUUAUAUAAAUGAAAAAUUCCUGAUAAAAAUUCCUUAAUGAUAAAUUUCUGGUUGCGUCUUUAGCCAAGCUUUAUUGGCAACUAAAGUGUGUAUAAGAGAAUGAGCAAUUUUGUACGUUUUUACCAAGAUAUUGCAGUCAAGUGUUUUCCUUGUGGGUCACAACUGAUCCAUUUCUUAAUGUGUUUUCCGCUCCAGUGAGCAAACGUGUGUUUUUGCAUGAAAACUGUGCCGUUGUUUUUCAUAAUUGUGGCAAGAUCAAAGGUUAAUAUUCAAACUUGUCAAGCAUUGAGUGGGUCUGCACACUUUCAAACCAUAAAGUGUUUGGUUUGGACUUUUUUGUAGAAAUUUAUUAUUUUUACCUAUAAGAAAGGUUCACAUAUGCUGAUCUUGCCACAUUAUAUGUGUAUGCUAGUAACAGAGUCUCCCAGCUUAGAGCUCCUACUAAUAAGGCACAGAAUAAUACAGGAAGGAUGACAAUAGGCUGAGUUCCUAGACAACACUUGAAGUAUUGUAAAACCAGCUAGCCAAUCAUAAAACUAGAUCCACCAUGCUUGAUUAAGAGCUCAAAGUAGCAUUUAAGGCUUCUUGCCUUUAUCUGGUUGCUACUUGUUAUCGGCACUAACUUUAAUACCAUGUUGCAAUAUUAUUUGAAGGCAAAAUGUUCAUUGCCUUAAAAGAAUGUCUUGCCGAGCAUUUGUCAACCGAACAUUGUCAAUACUGCCCACAUUUUGGUGUAUUCUUUUAAGCAUUAUGUCCAUCAUGGUCAUACGUGAUAAUAAAAUAAUUUUUGUA